UGGAGAACCCAUAAAUAAACUCUGAUCCAUUACAAAAGAGGAAGGGUCACUGCUACAGCAGGUGGGAGAGCAUUCAGAAAGUGGCCCUACCAAAGUUUAAAUUUAACUGGAAUACUCUAUGAUGGAAGAGAGCUUUCUAAAAUCUAAGGAAACAUCACUUCUCUAUCCAUCUGGAGUGACAAAAACUCCACACAGAGAGCCAAUCCUCUAUAUCUCUUCCACUGUGGAUGGUAACAUCAUAUGUGUGGGCCAAGAUGGAUUGGUUUCCACUUGGACCAGAAACUUAAAAUUGAAGAAAAGUUCUCUUAUACUUGAUGAAAAUGAAAACAAAUUGCAAAACAGGAAGAUGAAGUGGGUUUCUGACUCCAUUUUAAUGACUCACUACAACAAGCUAAUUAUUGGCACCUGUGACAGAGAGAUACGUCUGUAUGAACUCUCCAAUUUGGAACCUUACUGCCAAAUUGUUGGCCUUGAAACAAUGCCUCUGUGUUUGGACUAUAGUGUUCGGGGAGAAGAGGAAUGUGUGAUAUCCUACGGAGAUGAACAGGGCUGUGUUAACAUCCUGUUGAUCAAUUCAGUGGCAGAAUCACUGAGGAACUGGACAAAAUGUCCAGCUGUGGAAGACAUCCCCACAGUUUACAUAGAUGCUUUUAAUAACUGUGAAAAUAUUACCUUCAUUCGCUGGAAGGUUCAUAAUGACUGGGUGACAAAGAUCAAAUAUAUUCAUUCUAUGGAAUCCAUCAUAUCCAGUUCAAAUGAUGAUACUACUGCACUGGCAAUAGGUUGUGUUAGUGGAACCAAAAAUCUAAAGCAUCGCUUGAAAACUCUGAUGGGCUCCAGCAGUGGCAGCCAGAACAAAUUCCCCUCUCCUGUUGGUGCUUCUCCACCCAAGCGUUUUCAAUGCGACGAGUCUGUUUUUAAAGUGUACAAAGGAGUAAAGACUUUUGACUUCUGCAAAGAAAAGAAUGUUCUCGUGACUGGUGGUUUGGACCGGAAUAUUCGUCUAUGGAACCCUUACAUCCCUGGAUGGGCUGUGGGCAUUCUGCGAGGACACACAUCCCCGAUUGGCUUCCUGGGCAUUGUUCAUGGCAGCGCAAAGGUUUUAUCCGUCUCUUUGGACAGCACCAUCAAGGUAUGGGACACUGAAGUCCACUCCUGCCUCCUCACAAUCAUACCCAAAGUCACUCAGAUCAGAGGGGAGAUGGAAGUUUGCUAUUUUUCUCCUGACCUGCAGUCUCUCUAUGUGGCAGCUGAAACUUUUGCUCUCCUGCGAUUCCAGCAUAAGAGAACUCAGAUUUGUGAUUCAGGCAUGUCUCAUAAUGAACCAGUCUUUUGCUGCCAGUAUAACAAGCAUUUCCAGCAUGUGAUCAGUUGCUCAGAAGGAUCUGUUAUAAAAGUGUGGGAUGUGAAAAAUGGACAGCUAGUGGUGAAAAUGUGUAAAGCCCAUGGAGAUACAGCUGUAACUUGCAUGGCUUUAGAUGCAAGUGGGAAGAGGUUGAUCACUGGUGGCAGAGAUGGCAGUCUGAAAAAAUGGGAUAGCUGCACUCUUGGUUGCAUGCACAUCAUUAACCGAGCUACCAGUGCAACUGAUGAAAUCCUUGCUUGCACAUACGCUGAUAUUUACAGCAACAAGUAUAUUGUAUCUGUUGGAUGGGGCAGGAAGAUCAAUAUUUUCCCUGAGUUUAAUGAUGAAAUGUCUGAAAGAUCAAAUUUACAACCAGACUGGAUUGAAAGAGUGGGAAAAGGUCACAAGGAUGAUAUUUUGUGUGUAGCUUCUUGCCCUCCACAUUUCUUGGCCACUUCUAGUUUUGAUGGUGAAGUUCUCAUAUGGAAUCUAGUAUCGGGACAUCUCUGUAGCCGUUUAACUACCAUAGGCAGGGCAGCAAUGGAAGGAGGAACAGAGGAUUUAACCAUCAACAAAAUAAUUUUCCUCUUAUCAAAGAUGGAAAGAAAGAAAACAGCUGCAAUGCUAGUGGCCAGUGGACCCAGAGGGUAUAUUACACUCUGGAAUAUAUCUGGACAAGGGAAACUACUUGCUUAUUUCUCUAGUUCCAAGGAGAAAACUACCGUCAGUGACAUAGCGGUCAGUAACAAUUACUCCCUCUUGUGUGCAGGAGACCAGCAGGGGUAUCUCUCUAUUUGGAACAUUGCCAAGUAUGCCACUAAUGGUCCGGAGGACAAACCUCCACCUUUGCUGCGGAACUGGAGAGUGCACAACUACAGUGUCACAAGUGUGGUGCUUACGACUGACUAUCACCUCCUCACCUCAUCUUUGGACUGUAGCGUGAAACUGUGGAGUUUAGAAGGAGAAUACAUAGGGAUGUUUGGUCAAAAAGAACCAUGGGACAUCAAAGAGAAGUCAUCCUGGAAACAAUUUGACCCUAACAUUAGCCCUGCACACAACUCUGAUGACAUUGGACAGGAAUCUGUUCCAGAAAAUACCAUUACCUCAAACUGGGAGUUCAAGAAAAUGAUGGAAGAUACCAGUUCUUUGAAGCUAGUAAGAAGUGAUGAAAUUUCUGAAGUGAAGCAAAGACAGAGAGUGAGACUUGAACACAGACAAAAUAAGUGCCGGUUAAAGCAUAUUCAACAAUAUGCCAGCAGAGCCGUGAGCACCUAUCAUACUCUUCCACUGUGUGAGUUAGCCAAUGUGUCAACUAUUUUCCACAAACCAAAUCUAGCUGCAGAACUUGAAGAUCCAUUUCAUGUAGAAGAUUAAGUUUCCUGAACAGCGAGUGAAGUGCUGGUUUUCAAGGAUCCAAGCUGAUUUCUCAAAUACAAGCUGAGUGAAAUAAGUAGAGCUGUAAAAGGUAUUUCUAAGUCUGUACUAUCUGAAGCACUUAGAGAACUCUGGCAGACCAGCCAAAUCUUCAUCAACAUUAAUCCCAGCAGCAGCUGAUCUCAUAAAGAAUUAAGCAGGAUUAUUAAGUUGCAGUUCGAGGCCAACCUGUAACCAGCGGUGAUAAAGAACUCUCAUGUGGCCAUGACUUGUGAUUCAAGAAGCAGAUUUAAAUAUUUAUUAUAAACAUUUAUACACAGCCUCUGGCACUCUGCUGCCAUUUAAAAAUCAAUUGACACACUUGUCAAUCUGACCAUGAUGUCACUGGGAAGAUUUUCAUUUGCACAUACAGUAAACAUUUUGCAUACUUGAACACUGCUAUAAGGUGAACACACACU